ACACGAGGGCGUGCGGCCGAGCAGGCAGUGCCUGAGCCGGUCCUGUCCACAGGGAGCUCCUGCCCGUCUCUGCAGACCCAGCCGCAGACAGCACCCGCCCACCAUGUCGGACGAGGAAGUUGAACACGUCGAGGAAGAGUACGAGGAGGAAGAAGAGGCCCAGGAGGAAGUGCACCCCCCGCCUGCAGAAGUCCAUGAGGUCCACGAAGAAGUCCAUGAAGUUCAUGAACCAGACGCCGAGGAGGAGGAGGAGCAGUGGGAGGACGAGGCAGAAGAGAAGCCUAGACCCAAACUCACUGCUCCUAAGAUCCCGGAAGGGGAGAAAGUAGACUUCGAUGACAUCCAGAAGAAGCGGCAGAACAAAGACCUCAUGGAGCUGCAGGCGCUCAUCGACAGCCACUUCGAGGCUCGGAAGAAGGAGGAAGAGGAGCUCGUCGCGCUCAAGGAGAGAAUCGAGAAGCGCCGUGCGGAGAGAGCAGAACAGCAGAGGAUCCGGGCCGAGAAAGAAAGGGAGCGCCAGAACAGACUGGCGGAGGAGAAAGCCCGGCGGGAGGAGGAGGAUGCCAAGAGGAGGGCCGAGGACGACCUGAAGAAGAAGAAGGCUCUGUCCUCCAUGGGUGCCAACUACAGCAGCUACCUGGCCAAGGCUGACCAGAAGAGAGGCAAGAAGCAGACAGCCAGGGAGAUGAAAAAGAAAGUCCUGGCUGAGCGGCGGAAGCCCCUCAACAUCGACCACCUCAGCGAGGACAAGCUCAGGGACAAGGCCAAGGAGCUCUGGGACACCCUGUACCAGCUGGAGACGGACAAAUUCCAGUGCACGGAGAAGCUGAAGCGCCAGAAGUACGACAUCACCAACCUCAGAAGCCGCAUCGACCAGGCCCAGAAGCACAGCAAGAAGGCCGGAACCACGGCCAAGGGCAAAGUCGGCGGGCGCUGGAAGUAAAGCAGCCGAAGAGGUUCCUGGAGGCAGAGCCCCUCAGCCCAUGGGGCCCACAUGGCGGCGUCUGGCACCCAGUCACGCCCCGUGUCUCUGUCCUCGCUGUCCCCAUCCUCUGGGGUCUGUGAAUAAAACUAGCAGGCUCCCCUCCA